UCCACGCUCCUUCUCUCUCGACAAGAUGGCCACACCGGCAGUCCCGGCGAGCGUUCCUCCGCCCGCUACAUCCCCGGCUGCGGCCCCAGCCUCAGCCCCAGACCCGGCCCCAACCUCAGCUCCACCGCUUUCUCCGGCUCCUGCUCCGGCGCCGGUUCCAGCUCCAACUCCAGCGCCCGCCUCCUCCCCAGACCCGGCGACAGCAGCGGCGGCUGCGACCGCGGCUCCGGGCCAGACCCCAGCCUCCGCGCCGGCGCCGGCGCAGACCCCGGCGCAGUCGCUGGCCGCUCCGGCUCUCCCAGGCCCCUUCCCCGGCGGCCGUGUGGUCCGGCUGCACCCGGUCAUCUUGGCCUCCAUCGUGGACAGCUACGAGCGACGCAACGAGGGUGCGGCCCGAGUCAUCGGGACUCUGCUGGGAACCGUUGACAAGCACUCAGUGGAAGUCACCAACUGCUUUUCAGUGCCGCACAAUGAGUCAGAAGAUGAGGUGGCUGUUGACAUGGAAUUUGCUAAGAACAUGUAUGAAUUGCACAAGAAAGUCUCUCCAAAUGAGCUCAUCCUGGGCUGGUACGCUACAGGCCAUGACAUCACAGAGCACUCUGUGCUGAUCCAUGAGUACUACAGUCGGGAAGCCCCCAACCCCAUUCACCUCACUGUGGACACGAGCCUCCAGAAUGGUCGCAUGAGCAUCAAGGCUUAUGUCAGCACUUUAAUGGGUGUCCCAGGGCGGACCAUGGGGGUGAUGUUCACACCGCUGACAGUGAAAUAUGCGUACUAUGACACCGAGCGCAUUGGAGUUGACCUGAUCAUGAAGACCUGUUUUAGCACCAACCGGGUGAUUGGACUCUCAAGUGACUUGCAGCAGGUAGCAGGGUCGUCGGCUCGCAUCCAGGAUGCCCUCAGCACAGUGUUGCAGUAUGCGGAGGACGUGCUGUCUGGAAAGGUGUCCGCUGACAACACUGUGGGCCGCUUCUUGAUGAGUCUGGUUAACCAAGUACCCAAGAUCGUUCCCGAGGACUUCGAGACCAUGCUCAACAGCAACAUCAACGACCUACUGAUGGUGACCUACCUGGCCAAUCUCACGCAGUCACAGAUUGCCCUCAACGAGAAACUUGUCAACCUGUGAAUGGGCCCGAGCAGCACUCCUUCCACUCCGGCCCCAGCGCUAGGACUCAGAAUGGAGUGAAGUGGAGAUGGCUUCUUGUGGUUUGAGUCACACUGAGUGAGUCAGCUGCUUGUGACUCUAAAUAAACAUAGCCUAUCUUUUGUAAAUGAA